CGUGCACCAAGGAGCAUAUCUCAAGCCAAGCAGAACCGGCCAUGACCACGAGCGCCUCAAGAUAAAGAAACGCAACUUGGAUGGACGGCGAACUAUGGGGUCGGCGCCACAAUCUCCGCCCCAUCCACAGGCCCACGAUCUAACGCGGUCCUCCUUCCGCGGUCUCCCACCCAAGAGCCUUUUCGGCCGGAUGGCUUGCCCAUGUCUCUCACCGAAGGGUUUGCCGCUUCACGUGCGGCUCGCCAUGCCAUGCGGCUAGCAGGUCUGUCCAUCUCUCCAUCACCACCACCACCACCAUCACAGGCAUGGUUGUUGACACUAGUGAAGCAUCCGCAUCGGAGGUGGCGGCUUGCGAUGCUGGACGGCGCCCUCCACCCCCGGCCGGCUCCCCGGGAGCUCCAGCGGAUCAGAUCGACCCAAUUGGCGACGAGCCAGGACGACUUGUCUCUCAUGCACAACCCUUCCCCCACGCACCCUGGGCCUCGUCCGUUCGUCGACCCCAGCUUUGAUAACGGACAGCUUGCUUAUGGGAUCGGGAACCACCAGGGUCAGCAGCCUCGCAAGUUCUUCGUCCCGGAGCGCCCAGAGGUUCGCCUCCGUUUAGACUUGCCCAGGUUUUACCCGGCCAGCCCAGGACGUACCCAGUCAUUCGAUGUCACUGAUCUUGGCCACUCCACCGUCUCAAGACCCGCAACACACCCACUUGCAGUUGCAUCCUGGCCACUCACCUUGCUCUUUCCGGCUGGAUAAUCACUGAUAAGCUAUCUCUUCAGCUUCUAACCAGACCAUCGGCGCAGAACUAUCAGCGUCACAGCUGGCCGGCGGCGCCAGAACCACGCGACGCGGCCCCAUCCGAUGUGCAUCGUCGCCUAGAUCCCGUUGUAACGCUCAAUCCAAAUUCAUACUUUAGCUCGUCCAUGUCCGUC